CAUAAACCCUACCAAUAUAAAAAAACAGAAAAGAAAAAGGACCAAAAUCUCCCUCUCCUCCAUUUCUAUUUACUAAGGAUCUCUCUCCAUUUCAAAAACCCUACCAGGAGUUAAAAAAAGACAAAAAUCUCCCUCUCCCCCCUCUCUAUUUCCCAAGAAUGGGCAGCAACCAGGCAGCGGUCUCCUUCCUCACAAACCUCGCACGUGCGGCCAUUGGCCUCGGCGCCGCCUCGACCCUCCUCUCCUCCUCCCUCUACACCGUCGACGGCGGCCAGCGCGCCGUCCUCUUCGACCGCUUCCGGGGAGUUCUUGACGACACAGUCGGUGAGGGGACCCACUUCCUGGUCCCCUUACUCCAACAGCCGUACAUCUUCGACAUCCGUACUCGGCCCCACACCUUCUCCUCCAUCUCCGGCACCAAGGAUCUCCAGAUGGUCAAUCUCACCCUUCGCCUCCUCUCUCGCCCUGACGUCGAACACCUCCCCCACAUCUUCAAAACCCUAGGCCUUGAAUACGACGAGAAGGUCUUGCCGUCCAUCGGCAACGAGGUCCUCAAGGCUGUCGUCGCCCAAUUCAAUGCCGACCAGCUCCUCACCGAUCGGCCCCACGUUUCUGCUCUCGUCCGUGAGUCCCUCAUCCGCCGUGCCCGUGACUUCAACAUCGUGCUUGAUGACGUCGCCAUCACACAUCUCUCCUACGGUGCUGAAUUCUCCAAGGCCGUUGAGCAGAAGCAGGUUGCGCAGCAGGAGGCUGAGCGGUCCAAGUUUGUGGUGGCCAAGGCUGAGCAGGAGCGGCGGGCUGCGAUCAUCCGGGCUGAGGGUGAGAGUGAGUCUGCGAAGCUGAUCUCGGACGCCACUGCCGCUGCUGGGAUGGGGCUGAUUGAGCUCAGGAGGAUUGAGGCAUCGAGGGAGAUUGCCGCCACGCUGGCGAAGACACCUAAUGUCGCGUACCUCCCCAGCGGGAACAACAUGCUGCUGGGGCUGAACCCGUCCCUGGCACCAGGGCGUUGAUGGGCCAGAAUGACCUGCGGCGACAAUCUUUCAUUGGAUGAUCCAAGCCACAGCUUUUCCUGUUAACUGCAGAUAAUCUUUUAUUGGAUGAUCCAAGCCACACCUUUUCCUAUUUACUUUAGAUCAUCUUUCAUUGGACGUUCCAAUCUGUCAAUUGGUUUAACUUUCCCUGUUUAUUUAGACCAUGUUCUAUGUUCCCUAACCAUAGCAAAAUUACAUACUGCAGAGAAGUGGUACAGGAAACGUUCAAGUUUGAUUUGGUCAAAGAUAUGGAAACAUGAGAAAAUUGGAGAAUGAAAAUUUUUGUUUUCUAAAAGUUGAGAGUGAAAAAAAUGGCUAUAUAUGCACAAGCACAUAGGUAAUCAAAUUGUAGGUUGAUGUCAUUUCAUUCCUCUCUCAAAACUCUAGUUAUUCUUAUAUAAAUGAUUUGACUCCGCCAAAAAAUUUCACCUUCUUCUCAAUUCAAUAAUGGGAGCAAUUUUUCUUUUUU